AUGGGACCUGAGGCUCAGGAUCACUCGGUGGAGCCGAGCUUAGAGAAACUGGAAAGAGACCGAGGGGCGCCGUCCACACUUCCCAGGAGAGAGCAGGUUGCGGAACCUGCUUCCAGGAUUUUUGGCCUAGGUCUCCACCAUUAUCCUGCAAGUCUCCUGGCACCACCGCGACCACAGGGUCCUAUGUCAACCAACGCGCAUGGAGUAGAAGCUGAGGAGGCCGUUUCUGAACAAUGUGUUUCUGUAGAACAAGUGACAGAAGACAGGAAUCCAAAGCUGGAGCCAUCUAUCCUGAAGCCUCUGUCUUCUGAUACGAGUGUCCUGGUGGAGAAAGAUGUUUUGUACUUGGCUGAAAAUAUGUUAACGUGCAGAGAGGUUGAGAAGGCUUUCCUAGGCAGCUUAGGCUUUCCCCAGCACCAGCCCUCCCAUGAUGGAGAGCAUCCACGUAGAAGCAGGCAGAGAAGGGAGGUCUCUCACCCUGGGCAAGAGCAUCACAAGUGCAGUGAAUGUGGCAAAGCCUUCAGUAAAAAGUUUAAAUUCGCAGAGCACCUGAGAGUUCACACUGGAGAAAAACCUUAUGAGUGCAGUGACUGUGGGAAGUUCUUUAGACACAGCUCCAGUCUUAUUCAUCAUCGGAAAGUUCACACAGGAGAAAAGCCUUAUGAGUGCUGUAAUUGUGAGAAAGUCUUUGCCCACAAAUAUAAACUUUUUGAGCACCAGAGAAUCCACACUGGAAAAAGACCAUAUGAGUGUAAUGAAUGUGGGAAAGCCUUCCUUCGCAAGGAUUCACUUGUUCAGCACCAAAAAAUCCACACUGGAGAAAAUCCUCAUAAGUGUGGUGAAUGUGGAAAGUGCUUCCUGAACAAAAAUAACCUUCUUGUGCACCAGAGGGUCCACAGUGGAGAAAGGCCUUAUGGGCGUUAUGAGUGCAGCGAAUGUGGGAAAGCUCUCAACGGCAAAGCUAAACUUGCUGAGCACCAGAGAAUCCAUACUGGAGAAAGACCCUAUAAGUGUAAUGAACAUGAGAAAGCCUUCAUGCGCAAGUAUACACUUGUUCAGCAACAAAAAGUCCACACUAGAGUAAAGCCUUUUAAAUGCAGUGAAUGUGGGAAGCCCUUCACUUACAAAACAAGUCUUGUUGUCCAUCAGAGAAUCCACACUAGAGAAAGGCCUUAUAUGUGCAGUGAAUGUGGGGAAGUCUUUGUCUACAGAAGAAGUCUUGUUGUCCAUCAGAGAAUCCACACUAGAGAAAAGCCUUAUGAAUGUACUUCUUUGUAG